GAGAAGAAAUGGACCCACAAACCUGCAUCUGCAAGUGCAAAAUGCCUGAAAGGAAGAAAGGGAGGGAAGGAGGGAAAGAGAGACAGAGCAAAUAUCUGAACUGCUGACUUCUGCACGCUGAUCUCACUCUAAACAGUGACCUCAUUGCCUUGUUCAGCUGGUGAGAAACUACAGUAAAAUGGAAGAGAUGCUCCUCUCGCAAUUGCUGCCCCUGGAGCCCGAGUCCACGCUGACUGAAGAGGACACGAAGGAGGGGUCCAGCUUUGGUCCUCAGCAGCUCUCCUCCACUCUCCCCUUCCUCCCGUCUGGGCCUAGAGCUGCCAGUCCAUCCCUCUGGCGCAAGAACCUCGCCAGUCGCAAGUGGGCACUGCCUGGAGAUUGGGCCUGGAAGGCCAUGCCCAGGGGUUGCUUCGGGCUGAAACUGGACCGAAUCGGGACCUUCAGUGGUUUGGGGUGUUAGCUUUGGAGGGCCUCCAAGGUGAGAGGGCCAAAAGCGUGGGCUCGAGCAAGCGGGCAGUAGUUCAGGGUAGAGUUGAGCGCACAAACAGCGAGGGGAUGGAGCAGCGGGACAGGCUUUGGGGCCACCACCUGCCAGCCGCCGGGGCAAAGGACGGGACGGGACCGUGCUGCCGGCGCGGUGCUGGGGACCGGCCGGUACGAGAGCAGGCGGGUGGAACGCCGCUGGGCGGCUCACCAGGCCCGCUUCUCCGCAGCCGGAGGGCACCCAGCCUCGGGAACCGGCUCGGGAACCUGCACGGCGCACCGCUGCGCGAAGCGCUGAAGCUCCCGCCCCGAAAACGGGAGGCUGCGGCAUCGAGAAAGCGGCGCGGCGGUACGAGGAGGAGCUGCCCGGCUCCGCAGCUGUUCCCCGCGACCGCUGAACCCCCGCUCCGCCGGUAGCCCCU